UGACACAACUUACAAUUUUUAAAACAGUCUUGUCUAUUGCUAUCUUUAAAAUCACCGUAGCAAAUAUGUUUUCUGAAAUGAUUUUUUGUUUCAAUUAUUGAUUUUGACAAUUAAUAAUGACCGAUUUUAUCAUUAUGAUGUCAUGUUAUCAUGUAAUAUUAUUUGGAGAUUCAUAAGGUCAUUGGAGUAAAUGUAAGAGGGAAGUAGGGAUAGCAGUAAUAUGCUGUGUAGGUGUAGUAAUCACCGCCAAAUUGAACGUUCUAUUCUCAAGGAAGUAUGUGAAAGCCAUGUGUGUAACAUGUGAAAGCCAUGUGUGUAACAUUUGGGGUCAAGUGUUUGUAUGCUGACUAUAAAAUGCAACAAAACUUAACCUCAUUUGAAAUUUAUACAUGUGUCAUUAGCAACACAAGAAAACGCACAUUGAUCAGAAACUAGGAUAUAUGAAUAUGGACUUUAUCUUUCUGUGAUUGGCUUUCUUCUGUUAGAUUCACUUCGAUUUAUAUCGUCAUAUACAUUGUCUGACGUGUUUCAUACCAAUUGUUAGACCAUUCUUUACACACUGAUUUUGACUACGGAUUACUACGUUUACCUGAUCAAGACAUGGGGAUCACUCCGGAUGUGACCGGUCGACACUGGAUGUUUACUCCUCCUAGGAACUUAGUCCCACGACUGGGUUAGUGUGGUAGCAACAUGAAAAUCACGGGUCUUUCGGAUAUGGCCCUGAAAACGGAGGUCCAUUGUCGCUGCAGGUGAUGCCAUAUCAACAAACCCACACAGCCCUGGGCGUACAGAGGAUGGACAGAAGGGAAAAUAAAUAUAAUAACUGAGGGAUAACGUGUAGAAGAAACUCAUCAGAGAUAACGGAGUCACUGCAAGAGCAAACCCAUUCCUUUCCAAGAAUCUCAGAUCCUCUAUCAGCUAUAGCACCUACUCCUUCUUCAUCUAGCCACGAAAACAGGAGGAUAGAAGUACUAUGACCGAGAGACAAGGUACAAAAGGAUAUCACCAAAUGUCACUACAAGAGAGGAUUGAUACCACUUCAAGAAACUUCGAUCCUCUCGGAAUCAACUUUGAUCGUCCGAAGUACCCUGCGUAUGCGGAAGUGGCGACAAGAAUAACUUCUUUCAAAGACUGUCCAUCAAGUAUGAAGCAUAACCCAUGUGACUUUGCUCUGGCAGGAUUCUUGUACACAGGAUCUCAUGACUACAUUCACUGUUUCCAUUGCGGUGGUAAAUUAUCUGACUGGAGAUCAGUAGAUGAGCCUUGGACAGAGCACGCACGUAGGUUUCCUACGUGUGGUUUCCUGAGACAGAAAAAGGGUGAUGAGUUUAUAGCUGUAGUGCAGAUUCGACAUCCGACAGAGUGGCCACUCAGUGUAGCAGCUAUGGAGUCUACAGAGAACGCACCAGCUCUCCAAAGAAACGAGAACACGUCCACAGCAUCGGGAUACACAACCGAUACCGACAUUUACAACUUGUCUUCUGUUCAAAGUGUUUUAGAAAUGGGUUACUCUCGGCAGAUAGUGAAGGAAGUUGUUGAUCAGCUGAAACUUGCUAAACAUAUCAAAGAUAUCUCAGGAAGAAACUUGAUCGAAAUGGUUUUGUCCAAUGAGGAAAACAGAACACGGUUAGACAUCCCUCCUCCGUCUAUCAAUACAACACAUCAGACAGGACAUUAUGCUGGACCUGAACCCAACCCAGUCGUGAAUGAAAGAAACACAGAUAGGAAUUAUAUUAGGAGGAGAUUAAGUGUUUCACCGUCUAUUCUAUCUGAAGCAAACUCGGAAACUCGUUUGCUCAUCCUGACUGAAGAAAACAAAAAUUUGAGGGAUCUCCGACUUUGUAAAAUCUGCCAGGAGAACUACGCGUCUAUUGCCAUGUUGCCUUGUGGUCAUCUCUGUUGUUGUGCAGACUGCGCUCCGGCCAUGAGGAAGUGUCCGAUAUGUCGACAGUUCGUGACGGGAACUGUCAGGAUAAGGGUGUUUUGAGGACUUGUGUACGAAAACCGAUUUCUUGAUUACUUUAUAAUGUAUUUUCAUAUUUACAAAUUUAUACAAACCCUUUUCUAUAAUUCUAAUAUCCAUUGUUUUAUCUAUCAAAAAUAACACUCAUACUUUGUUAAAGAAGUCACCUCAUGCGCCAUUUGUAAACUUUAUUUUGACUUCCUGUGAUCGGUACCAUUUUAUAAAAUCAAUUCCGUAUGGUCGAUCGGAAUCAAUAAAAUCCAAUAGUCGUUAAAAUGUAUCGAUUCACUGAUUCUAAUUAUUGUUCAUUGAAGUAUAAAUAGGCUGCUUUCGGUCAUUUAUCGGGGAGCUAUCCGGCAGAACACUCCCUACAGAUGCUGAUUCAGCACCUCUUUUUUGAUACUCUGCUACUUUCAUUUUUGGUUAGAUUUUUAGGCAGAUGAUUUUUCAACCCAUUCGUAUUUUUGAUAUAUUUCUCAGGAGUUUCUGUGAUUUAUAGAUUGUAUCUUGUUUAACGUCUCUCUCGAGCAUUUUUCACUCAUAUGGAGAUGUCACCAAGACCAGUGAAGGGGUUCAAAUUUAGGCCUUUGCUCGGCGCUUACUGCCAUUGAGCAGUGAGGCUUCUUUAGCGUGCCACGCCUACUGUGACACGGGACAUCCGUUUUUAAGGUCAUCUCCGGGGAUCCGUGAUAUUCACACUUGAUGCUGAGCGUUUGGCGAUGGACCUGUCACUACCAGUUAUAACGACUUACUGUGUAGAGUGGAUUGAAACAUACUUUAUGAUAGACCAAUCAGAUGGUGUGAUUCUUAUCCAAUCAGCACCGUACAGCCAUCCAAUCUCAAUCGUAGUACCUACCCUAGUCCUUGUUGCGCCCGUGGGAACAUAGGGUAAGGACUAGUUUCUUCCACUCCUCUCUGUCUUUAGCAGUCUUUUCAAUUUCACCCCAGGUCAUGCCAACCUCUCUCAUUUCUGUUUCAACGGUCCUCCUCCAGGUGGUCUUUGGACUGCUUUCUUUUUCCUUCUGGAGUCCAUCGAAAUGAGACCCUAGUGAUGUCAUUGAUGGGUUUCCGUAAGACAUGCCCAAUCCAUCUCCAGCGGUAUUUCAUAAGUAUGUUGCGCAUGUCUGAGGAUUUUGUUUUUGCAUGUAAAUUCUCACUUGAGAUUUUUUACGCCAAAAUAUCUUGCAGAUCUUUCGGAGACAUCCAUUGUGGAAGCUUGAUAUUUUAUUAAUGUCUUUCUCCGUCAUCCUCCAACAUUCCGCUCAGUACAACAGAACUGACAGGACACAGCUGUUGUAUAACCUCAUCUUGGUGUUCUUGCUUAUGCUGUUUAACUUCCAGAUGUUCCUAAGAUUGAUAAAGGCACCUCUUGCUUUUCCUAAUCUUGCCUUGAUGUCUUCUUCCGCACGACCAUCUGUUGUAACAAUGCUACCCAGGUAUGUAAAUGAUCUUGUACUUUCCAGGUUCUUACCAUUAAUCUGUGUGGAUGCUUGAUAUUCAAAGACAUAACUUCUGUUUUCUUUAUGUUGAUGUUCAAUCCAAUUUUGCUGGCAUUAGAUUGCAGGUUUGAUGUCUUUCUCUGCAUGUGUUCCUCAAGGUGUGACUGUAGGGCAAGGUCAUCUGCGUAGUCAAGAUCUUCUAGAUUGGAAAAUAGGGUCCACCUGAUGCCGAUGUUGUUUCCACUCAGGGUUGAUCGCAUUACCCAAUCUACUGCAAUCAAAAAUAGGAGGGAUGACAUUACACAGCCUUGUCUUACCCCAGAUUUCACGAGGAGGCUUGUGUCUGGUUCUCUGCCAACAGUGCAUCUGAACUCGGAGUAGAAAGCUUUAAUUAACUCCACUAUCUUAGCUGGUAUUCCAUAGUGUCUUAAGAUCUUCCAUAAGCUUUCUCUGUGGAUACUGUCAAAGGCUUUCUCAAAAUCGACAAAGUUGAUAAUUAAUUGCCUCUGCCACUCUGUGCAUUGCUCUAUGAUGUUUCUGAGUGUGAACACCUGGUCACAGCAGCUCUUUCCUUUUCUAAAGCCUGCCUGUUCGUCUCACAGUUUGCUAUCUCAAUCGUAGUAUAAGUAGCCAAUCAUAGGGUCCAGAGGGUAUAAAUAGAGCUGUCCUUUCAUCACCAGUUAGUCUGUGGGUAUUCGAACUUGACUGAAGUCCUUUGACUGGUAAUAUUGAGUAGGUAUUCAGGACAAGCUUGGGUUGUGUCGGAAAGCAACAUAAUUGUUAGCUAGGCCUCUUAGCACCUACGAUUGGUCUUUUUUGUCUGUGACUUUAGAAUUGCGUCUUGAUGACUUGUAUCAGGGAUAGUGUCUCGGUGACUUUCCCAGGUGAUGGGACUAAGACGGUAGAUAGAGUUUAGGUUAGGUGACUGCAGACUAUGUCGGGAAACAACAGAAUUGUUACGUUAUACCACUGUAGGGUCCUCAAAGCAUGUUCACAGAAUUAGUAAUGGUGAUAUAUUUCUUUGAAGUUCGUUUAAUGUUAAGUAGUUUUACUUGAUCAGCUGAUUUUUGUAACACGUAUUUGUAUACGGUCCCCUAACGUUAUGAAGUUAAUGUUUAGCGGUUUUGUCCUUUUUCUCGAUCAAACUGUAUUGUUUUAAGUAACUAAUAGUUUUAUCGAGUUAUCUUGAAGUUAAUUCUUUACUCGUGUCCUAUAUAAAAGGUACAAGCAAUUUUUCUUUUGUUUACCUUGUUACAUGCUUCGAUGGCGCCAUAUGUUUUACUUUCUAGUUAUGGAGCGCCACCUGUAUAAUUUAUUCAUGUGAACCCAGGUCACCGUAUCGUCUGUAUAAGUCACAACGUUUCACAUUGACUGAAUCUAUGAAAGUACAUUUAUUUCUACGUAAAUUAUUGUUAAUAUGUGUGCAUUGAUAUGUAAUUUAAAUGUUCCGUGCACAUGGUAUUUUUACAUUUAUAAUUGUUUAUACAUGUUAAAGUUAAUAGUGUUUACCGGUGAAGUUUGUCAACAGUAGAAUUUCCCGUUGAGUAACUAUAGGCGAGCGUGCGUUGCCCCGUUGGUUUCUGUUGGGUAUAUAAGUAAACGCAACGCUCAACAAAGGGACUCCUCCACUUUUAUUUGAACAGAUAGGUCACGUUAUUUUAUUUGAGGUAAAUUAUAAAGUUUUAUAGUAAUUUUUAACUGAAGUAAAGUGGGUUAUUCCCAAUUUAUUUCAAGUAAUUAAAUUUAUAUUACAAAUUCAUUGGGUUAUUCCUGAUUUAUUUGUGAUAAAUUCAGAUGUUAGGAAUUCUAGUUAAAGUUUAAAUUUACAGUUACCGAAUUUCUAGUAUAACAGAAAAACUGGGUCAUUCCUAGAUCACUGCUUAGUAAACACUUUUAUGUUAGAUAGGAAAACUAAUUUGGGUAAUUCCUGAAUUUCAGUUUAAGUGAUUUUUAUCAUUUUGAUUUUAUUCAGAAACUUGUAGGUUUAUUAGGUAGAUAUCAGAUUUAGGUAAUUCCUGGAUCUGUAGAAUUAUCUUGGUGAUUCCAAAGGAUAAUUUACGCAUAGGGCGUUUGUAUUUCUAUAGUUAAGUAGGUCAGUAUUACUAAACAUUAGUUAUUUAGCAUAUUCUGGGUUAUUCCUAGUAUUGCUCAAGUAAAGUUAGAGUAGUUUUAGUACUUUUAACCCGGUUAUUCUAGGUUAAAAGUCACUUAAAGUCCCUAUAUAAUAGAAGGUUGUGCUACCAUUUCAUAUACUAAGGUGAGUCCAUGGUAUAUCAUAAGUUAUUGUGUGUAUGCUAUAUAUAGUAGCAAACAAUAAACAGUCUUUAUUUCAAAAUUAUUGAGGAUUAAUUUUUUUUUUUUUUUUUUUUUACAUAUUACAUAAAAGAAUACACAUUCAGAGAUAUAAACAUAAUCCGGUUAUUCCAGUUUCGGCAUGAUUCAAAGUUGAGUUAUUCUCAACUAAACAUACAUUGUUCUUCAAGAUUCGACCGGGUUAUUCCCAGUUGAAUCAUCUAUUCGUAAAUUCGAUUGGGUCUUCCCGUCGAAUGGUCUGGGGUACCCUGGGGAGAUCGAGGGAACCCCACUAGACCGUUACACUACUUAGUCUGUAGACAUUUAAGUUAUAUUUGUGAUUUCUCGUAUUGAUUCGUCUGAUUAUUCUUUACUACUAGUUCGUGGUUUGUUUGAUAAUCAUCCAAGUGGGACCAAGGAAAAUAUUAUUCCGGGUUUUAGCUAGUUGUCUAACCAGGUUUAUUUAUUAACGUUAAGGGCAUUGUUCUUGUUUGUCUGCAGCGACGAUAGUGUCGUACAACCAGACACUCGGCUGUCUCCGUAAAUCUCUGACGAGCAGAGAGUCUGUUAAGACACGCGAUAAUAACUGUUACCGCUAGGGAGCGCUAAUUUAGUUUCCAUUGGAUUCUCUCUGACAUAAACAGUCAAUUCCGAAAUUUGAUGCUAAUUAGUUAAUCCUUCAUUAGUGAUACUAAUGGGAAAAUCAUUAUUACAUGUACAAUAAAAAAUUACGCUCUUUGUCAACUGGAAAUUGUACUUUCACUUUUGCCUCCUAAAGUAAUUUUGAUAAAACGGUUUUACCAUUUCCCGUCGGUAGAACAGCAAUAAAUCCUUUCCUUUUACAAAAGUUUUUAUAAACACUCUAGUUGUAAAUCCUUAAGCUAAAACGGCAAAUUCAAUCUAUUACAAAUUUCUUCGGUAGUCGUUAUUUUGAAGAUGUGUUGAAUCAACCAAUCAAAUUAAAUACCGAAAUUUUGGUAAGCCUCGUUCUGACGUUACAAACGUUAUCGCGUGUCUUUACUAGACUCUCUGCUCUUCGGAUAUUUAUGGAAAAAGCAGAGCGUCUGGUUGCACGAGACUACAGCGACGAUAGUAGUGAUAAAUUGGUUCCCUGUUGAUCUCGCUUAUCUACAGGUACAACAGGUAAGCGCCAAUUUUUGACGGCCAGGAUUCGGGCUGUAUCGUUAUUUCACAAGUAUAACGAGAGUUCCUUUCAAAACAACAACGACGCUAACUUUGACGUCACAGUCGUCUACACUACGUUACGAAUACAGUGAAGUAGGCCUAUGCAGCGCGAAAUUUCGUAACGUAGCACAGUAGACUUUGACGUCAUAACUAGACAUUCUACCAUUCUACAUUCUACGACUCUAUUAUUCGGAAUCUCUCUAGUGAGACAUAAAAAUCAACUGACCAAUAAAAUCGGCUCAUUUGGGCUAACCAAAGUACCGCUUACCCGUUGUUAUGUGUAGCAUCAAUCAACGCGGAACUAGUUUAUAGUAGUGACAGCAAGUGUAUUAUUUCUUAGGAAAGAAACCUUGAGAAGCGAACUCAAAUAAUCAUUCUAUUCAUUUGUUAAGUAAAUACGUUACAUUAUUUCCAUUUUUUCUAAAUUCAUUUUUCUAUCAUCAACACUUUUAAAAACAAUUUAAUAUUCAUUUUCUUUUAUCAAAAAUCAUUAUUAAUCCAAAUGUUUGUAGUCAACAUAAUCACAUUCAAAGAAUCACAUUCACAGAAGUCGUAUGAUUGACAGCUGAUAAAUUAAUUGCUGGUCUCUGGAGUUAUUCAACUCUAUGUAUAGGACUUGUUAUGCAUGAUUUGUAAGUAUUCAUUAUUUGAUCAUCUUUGCAAUCAUCUCAUUGUUGAUCAUUAGUGACAUUUUUUAUCAUCCCCUUCAUUGUUUUGCUAUCAUGUUUAAUUUUUUUUAAGUUUGAUUCUUUUAUUUUUCAUAAAUAAAUCCUAUCAACAAUUU